AUGGCCUCAAUUGCGCGUUCCUCUCUGCUUAGGCAGACCGCUAUGGCUUCUCGAUUGGCCACUGCUGCUGUCCCCGCGACCCGAAGCGCUUUCAUGCCUAGCAUCCGAACUCAGCUUAAGAGCGUUGCUGCUUUCCACAACACCACCCGACGAUCUGCUAUUCUCCCUCCCGGACCUCAGCGCAUUGAGGGUGGAGUCAACGAUCCUGCUCCCGUUCCCGAGCCCAGCUCCACUCACGGUUCCUACCACUGGACUUUCGAGCGUCUCCUCGCCGCCGGCCUCGUCCCCUUAACCGUCGCUCCCUUCGCUGCUGGCUCCCUCAACCCUACCCUCGACGCCAUCCUCUGCAGUGUCCUCCUUCUUCACUCCCAUAUGGGUUUCCAGCAGGUCGUCAUCGACUAUAUUCCCUCAAGGACCUACCCUGGUCUCCGCAAGACCUUCAACUGGCUUCUCAAUAUUGCUACGGUUCUUGUCGGCGUGGGACUGUACGAGUUCGAGACCAACGACGUUGGUAUCACCGAGGCUGUUCGACGAGUUUGGAAGGCGUAA